GGGAGAAGGAAGCCAAAUGUAUCUUACGUUUCUCAGCUUUUCCGAGCCGGACUGCUUUCACCAGCAUGUCGGACGUUGAUGGGACACAGCCCGAACUUCCGUCCGAACUCACAGUAGGGUGACUGCGCUACAUCUGCUUCAGACAGAGUGUAUUGAAGACUGGGGGUUUGGAGGGACCACAUACAGACGGCAGAUUUUCAACUAUGGAAAACUUCACAAGACCUCAUGAUUUUGUCAAAAAUUGCUACUUAUCGUCUGGAGAAGAUGAAAACGAAAAGAUGAAAGACUUUGUGUACAAGCAUUUGAAAGAAGUAACUGAUGGGCCGCUCAGUAAUGCAGAAGAAUCUCCUCUCAAGGAUCAUGGGAUUUCAGCUAAGAAAGACAAACCAACUGCUAAAAGCCAUUUUAAAUUUCAUCAGCGGGCUGUUUUCUCUGGAAAAAUUCUGAGUUUUGGUUGCUCUGUGUGUAAAGACAGUGCAACCUUUAGCCCUAAUGAUCUUCUUAAACAUUUCCGAGCCAUUCAUAAAGGAACUCUUCCCACAUAUCCAUGUGACUUGUGUGAUUUUAUCACUAACGAGUUCCCUGUUCUUCAGCGCCAUCGAAUUGAGCACAGGGACACCUUAGUUACCUGUGAGCUCUGCAAUGAUAACAUUCAGUACUCUCUGCUCCUGCUCACCAGACACUACAUGAUGUGUCAUAGUAUUAAUGGACAAUUCAAAUGUGACUGGUGCGAGUUUACAACUGUUGAUGCAGGAACCUUCGUUCAACAUAUCCACCACCAUAAUGAGAGUCAUUGGAAGUGUUUAAAAUGCAAACAUAUUAGCUUGAAUAAAGAAGAUCACCAGAGUCAUACAAAUGGUCACUCUGAAACAUUCCCUUUUACAUGUGAGAUCUGUGGAUAUGGUGCAGCAAGGAAUGAGCUCCUUCAAAAGCACACAGCAGCUGUUCACAAAGAGGAGGCUGAGAGAAGAAAGGUGACAGAAGAUAGUGGCUCAUCACAGGAAACUCAGAGAAUGCCAAAACUAAAGUAUCAUUCUGGAAAUGUACCAAACCAAAAUGGCAGAAUAAUCAACCAUGAGUUGUCAUCAGAGGAGACCCACGACUUAAUGGACAUGACUGUAGCAAAGAAGGACAACAUGACUUGGAGCAGAAGUUCACAAAACAUAGAACCGUCAGCAGAAAUUAUGUUACAGGAAGGUGAGAAUCAAAGCUCCAAUGUAGAAAGUCACUGCAAUGCUAAUGGACUCACUGUUCUGAUGGUUAAAAACAAAAUCUCUCUUCCGCCUAACUGUACAACCAAAGUGAUGGGAUUUAAGAUGGUUGAGGGCAAAAAACAUUUGGUUCUCAAAGUAAUACCCUCAACAAAGCAAGACUUCCCUCUUCAGAACCACUCCGUUGCUGAUGGUGACUGCCCUUUGGUACCAAAUCCUGUAACGACUGAAAAUAAAGUCCCAGCUGAGCGCAAGCAGUUGUCUGAUGGAAAAAGCUCAACAUUAGAAUGCUUAGCUGGUUCACCAAAUAUUCAAAUGGACCAUGGCAGUAUUCUGGCUGUAAAAGUAAAGAAUGAAGAGGAGGAAGCCUCUGUUUGCAGCCUUGAUUCUUCUCCGUACAUCAUUGGCAAGCAAACAAACCUGUUUCCAAACAAGUCUUUGACUUCUACUGAUGCUGUUUUUCCAGUGACAAAUGAAUUGAAUAUUGUGGGCAACCAAAACCAAGUAGACAAAACAGCUUGCACAGGAGGAGAGAAGGGGAACAAUGCAACUUUUAAGUUGAACACAACUAGCCAUACAUCUGUAAUCUGCAAUAGUGCAACAGGGUGUGAAGAUGAUGUGACUAGUUUACCCUGUCCCUCAGAUGUUACUCAGAAAGCAAUCCUUUCUGAAAAAAUUGAGAACUGCAGAACCAUGGAUGUGUCAUCACUGACUGAUAGCAAUGAUGGCGUCAGCAAAAAAUACACAGAAAACUUUGUUUUAACCAUCCUCGAUUCUGACAAAACUGACAGACCUUCUCAGGUUACUCCUGAAAGAAAUUAUGGUACUAAAAUUGUUAUUGAAAAUAAAAGUUGCCAGCAAAAUGUAAAACAUCUGAAACCCCCAACUUCUUCAGUUAGCAGCAGAGCUGGGGCCGGUUUUAAAGAAAAAAGCACACAAAAUACGCCAAGCCAAGAAGUGUUUACCUUUCACAACUAUUCCAAGGAGACAUUUGGCACAUCGCCUAGCACUAACCAAAACUCGGACGAUGAUUCCAAUCACUCAGGACACCAAGAAAACGCAUGUGAAUCAUCACAAUUUAGCCUCACACUGGCAGAAUCUCCUGAACACUCCACACAAAGCACAUGUGGUGACAUUGAGGUUGAUGAGUGCAUAACUAGUGUUGACCAUCUUCUGACUGAAGAAAAUCCUGAAUCAGUGCUUCAAGAUUUCAAUAUUAUCAAAAUUGAAGAGGACAGCAUUCCCAUCUCCUCAAAACUGCCAGAAACAAAAAGUAGCUCAACCUCCAGUGAAAAUUUGGUUAAUUUAAAAUCAAUUGUUGUUCAACCUAGCAAAGAAGGACCUAGAUUUUUGAUAGCAAGCAAGGACUCUGUAAAACAAACGAGUACUGUGCAUUUUUGUCAGUUUCCUGAAGGUAAACAACCAGUGUUCCUGAAGACAACUGAGAAAAGAUUUGCUAUGCCAGUGCAAGUCAAGGCUGCUCCAGGGUUCAAACUGAUAACUAGAUCUUCAGAUUCUCAGAUUAAUGUAUCGUACAUGAAACAGGGGGUUGAUAAAUCCAGUAACAUCAGUGGUGUAACUCUUUCUCCUAACACCAAAAUCAUUACUGUCCCGUCAGCAAAGCCACAAGCCACAGAAAAUGGGAUGGCUCUGUUUUCUGCUGUUCAGCCAGGAGUUAGCACCACCUCAAAUCACUACCUGAUCAACAGGCAAGGCUUUACUGGUCCUGUCAUCCUUUCGAGCUCAUUGCAGAGCACACCAGCAGACAAAACAGCAAAGACACAAUCCACAUGCUACUUGGUCCAAAGAUCUGUCCCUUUUAUUCAGAAGUCCAGUUCACCUAAUGUCAAAGUGGGAAGCACUCAGCUCUCAGUGAGAUCACGGCCUGUUCUGGCUAUGCCUGUUAACUCUGCAGGGAAAUCCAACAUCCCACAAACUGGUCGCCAAGCUUUCUUGCUCCGAUAUGUUUCUCCACCCAAAUCAGACCUACUUCUAAACAACCAAGAUACAAAGACGGGGACUCUGCAUAGUAAAACUAAUGAGAGCUCUGGAAAUAAGGUAAUAUUUAAAAUUGUUGCCCCCAAUGGUGGCCUUCUUUCAAGUGGAGCUUCAAUAACCAACCAGCCUUUGUUCUUUGCCACAAGACCUCAAACUCAAUGUUUCCUGUUGUCACAAAAUAAAACAAAUGCUACUGCUUCCAGUGGACUAAAGAAUUUGAUCAGUACACAAAAAAAUAUCAUGAAAUCUGACAUUUCGCCAUCUCUGUUUAAAAGAAAGCUCCAACCGUGCGAAGCAGAGAAACUUGCCCUAGCUCCAAGACCAAUAAGGCCUCCAAGCCAAAGGAAAAGGCACAGAAAAGCAUUGUUUGAUGAGCUUCCAACAACAGUUCACAAGGCACAAAGACUUUCAGAGAAGGUUCAGACUGAGAAAGAGAUCGUCUUAUGGAAGCCUGUUGCCAAAGAGGUAGAGAGGACACUGAGGCUUGCCCCAUUCAGCUCAGUACAACAGAUCAAAUGCCCUCGUAGAUACCAGCCAGUCGUGGUGCUCAAUCAUCCAGAUGCUGACAUUCCUGAAGUGGUCAACAUCAUGAAAGCUGUCAGCAAGUACAAAGGUGCUGUCUCAAAGGUCUCUCUUAGUCAAAAAACAGUCCAGGCGCUCUCCGACUUCACUGAUCUGGGAAUGAACUCCUUGAGCAGAGGUGCAUCAUCUAGUGGUGAUGAUCCAAGACCCAGGCCACUUCAAAGUUCGGUCCGAGAGCGCUUCCUUCUAAAAAUGAAACUGAGGAAGAAAAACAAAAGGAAAUAUAAGAUAGUUAAGACAGCUUGCAGGCCAGGUUCAGCUGUGUUUGGCUGCUGGUUCUGCGGGCGACUCUUUAAUAACCAAGAAGACUGGAUCGGCCAUGGACAGAGGCACCUCAUGGAGGCAACAAGAGACUGGAACAAACUGUUAUGAAAGUUUCCACCACUUUCAAGUGGUUUCACACUUUGUGGGUUCAAAUGAAAUAUUUCAGAUUGUGUAUAUUUUUAAUAACACUACAGUAUUAUGUUACCUUUUAGUUCCUGUA